AUGUAUUUCUUCCUCAGUCAGUUAUCCUUGUCUGAUAUAUUGAUCACCACAAAUAUAACUCCAAACAUGCUUCAAUGUCUCAUUACUGGGGGAAACCACAUAUCCAUUAACGGCUGCCUCACUCAACUUGGCUUCCACUGUAUAUCAUCAGGAGCAGAAUGUCUUCUUCUCACUGCGAUGUCCUAUGACCG